AUGGCUAUGCGCGGCUUCCUCUCGUACUGGCUCCUCCCCGUCUUCUCCUCCCUCGUCUGGCUCGGCAUGCUCCUCGGCAUGCUCCUCCACUGGAUCGUCAACACCCACCGCCGCCGCUACCCGUCCAUGGCCGCCAACGCCUCCGUCGCCUACAUCAGCGACAUUGGCGCCGGCGAGCUCAAGCCCCUCUUCAUAGCGGGCUCCUGCGUCACCGUCGUCACCCUCGACCUCGCCUUCUUCGCCGAGCGCUGGCUGCGGCACCAGGGCCGGCUCGUGCCCAACCAGUCCGCCGGCGAGAAGAUUCUCGUCUGCCUGAGCAUCGUGUUUGCCGUCGCCGGCGCCGCCGGCCUGAUACUCCUGUCGGUCUUUGACGUCCUGCAUCACAAGAACCUCCACGACGGCUUUCUGCUCCUCUUCAUCGGGGGCUACAUGCUCUCCGCGGUCUUUACCUGCUGGGAGUAUCAGCGGCUGGGCAUUAAGAACCGACAGCACCGCAUCCUCCGCUCCUCCUUCUGGGUCAAGCUCGCCUUCAUCCUGGUCGAGCUCGUCCUCGCCGUCGUCUUCGCGUCCACCUCCUUCACGCGCAACCGCAACGUCGCCGCCGUCUUCGAAUGGGUCAUUGCCUUCAUCUUCACCUUCUACAUCGCCUCCUUCAUCAUUGAUCUCCGCCCAGCCGUGCGCACGAGACGGCCCUCUGCGCGCUUCGACAAGCCCGACAAGGUGGAAAUGGGGCUCCGGACGUACGGCGAUGCUGAUGCUGAUGCGGAUGCGCGUGCCUACGUAAACGGCCAAGCGGACGGCCACGGCCAUGCAGCGGCGCGGGAAUAUUCUGCCCAUGGCGCAGGUCGAAAUGCGCAGAAUUUUUAG